GCCCUUCUUCCUGCUACCUCCACCCAACUCUCGUCCCCAAAAAUCCAUCUCCACCGAAAUAAAAAAAAAAAGGAAAAAAGAAAAUUCACAUCCACGCCACUCCACUCGGCCACUCCCCCUUCUUUCAUGGCGUCCUCCUCCGCCUCCGCCUCCUCGUCGGCGGCCGCGGCGGCCUUCCCCAGAAGCCUCUUCCCCCAGCGGCGGAGGCCCGGCCUCCUGGCCCUCCUCCUCGUCCUCCUAUGCUUCCUCUCCGUCCAGGUCGUGAUCCAUGUGCCCUCCGCCAGAUCGGCUGUGUACCAAUGGCUCUUCUCCGAUCACCAAACCGAGCGCGAGGGUCCCAACAACUGCCCUGGGUGCGGCAAUUUACAGGAUGCGGACAAUGCCGAUAAGACCAUCGCGUACACGGACCAGGAUGGCCGGAUCAAGCUGUUCAAAGUUUCCGCCAGAGAAUUUGUGUCAUCCUCUAUCUGGGAGAACCCUUGGAUGCCGAGAGAAAGCCAGCCGCAAGAGGCUGCUGAAGAGCUUCUACUAGCCACCGGAUCAGAAGCCACCAAUCUCUCAAGCGUAGAUACCUUGGCAACCAAAGGCAUUGAUCCGAUUAAAUUAAAGCGGCAGGUAUUUCGGCGUAAAAGAAAGGAGCAGCGGAUUCAGGAGUUGCUUCAGAUGGACAAGGAGGUCGAACUUGAAAUGCGAAAUGAGGCAACAAACAACUCAAGAAACUUUGAUAAUAAAGUAAGAGGCAGCUACAACAUAUGGAGAUUGGAGUUCCACCAUACCAAUACAGAUUCUACUCUUCGGCUCAUGAAAGAUCAGAUAAUAAUGGCCAAGAUAUAUGCCACCAUUGCACGCUCCCAGAAGGAACAUGACCUGUAUGCGUCACUCAUGAAGUUCAUAAAACAAAGCCAAACAGCUAUUGGGGAUGCACACAUGGAUAACGAACUCGAUCCGAGUGCUUUAGAGAGAGCAAAAGCAAUGGGGCAUGCAUUGUCUUCAGCUAGAGAUGUUCUGUACAACUCUGGUGAAGUAUCAAGAAGAUUGCGCGUUAUGCUGCAGUCUACGGAACUAAAUAUCGAUACAGUGAAGAAACAGAACACAUUCCUGGUUCAGCAUGCUGCAAAGACGGUCCCCAUGCCCUUGCACUGCCUACAUAUGCAACUGACAACUGAUUAUUAUUUUCGUGAUGGUGUCAUCAAGGAGUAUUUUCGUGAUUCUACUUUGAAGGAAGAAGAACAUAAAGCAAAGCUUGAGGAUCGGUCACUCUAUCACUAUGCUAUAUUUUCUGAUAAUGUUCUUGCAGCUUCAGUAGUGGUCAGAUCUACUGUGACAAAUGCUAACGAACCAGAGAAGCAUGUGUUCCACAUUGUCACAGAUAGGCUUAAUUUUGCAGCUAUGAAGAUGUGGUUUAUUAGUCAUCCUCCUCAUUUGGCUACUGUCCAUGUAGAGAACAUAGACAAUUUCAAGUGGCUCAAUUCGUCGUACUGUUCUGUUAUACGUCAACUUGAGUCAGCUCGGCUCAAAGAAUAUUACUUCAAAGCACAUGAUCCAUCAUCACUCUCUGAUGGAAAUGAGAAUCUGAAGUACAGGAACCCCAAAUAUUUGUCUAUGCUCAACCAUUUAAGGUUCUACAUGCCAGAAAUACACCCCAAGCUUGAUAAGAUACUGUUUCUCGAUGAUGAUGUUGUUGUACAGAAGGAUUUGACACCACUUUGGGAUGUUGAUCUUAAAGGGAUGGUAAAUGGUGCAGUUGAAACCUGCAAAGAGAGUUUCCACCGCUUUGACACUUAUCUCAACUUCUCACACCCAAAGAUUUCAGAGAACUUCGAUCCGCAUGCUUGUGGCUGGGCUUUUGGAAUGAACAUGUUUGAUCUGAAGGAGUGGAAGAAGCGAAAUAUCACUGGAAUAUACCAUUAUUGGCAAGAUUUGAAUGAGGACCGCAAGCUGUGGAAGCUGGGUACAUUGCCUCCAGGACUAAUUACUUUCUACAACCUGACAUACCCGUUGAAUCGUACCUGGCAUGUAUUGGGCCUUGGGUAUGAUCCAGCUGUUGACAUUGCCGAGAUCGAUAGUGCUGCAGUGGUUCAUUACAACGGGAAUUACAAGCCCUGGCUGGACCUUGCCAUUUCCAAGUACAAGCCCUACUGGUCCAAAUAUGUAGAUCUUGACAACUCACAUGUUCAGCAUUGCUACACGAGCAAGCAAUGACAUAUGUGUAUCACGCCAUCCAGUUUUUCUUUUGGGAGCAUAAGUUAUUCAAUAGGAGGGAGUUUGGCAGA